AAGUAGCCCAUAAGACCCCUCUUCAAAACAACUGAACUGUCCCGUUUAAGGGUAAACAUGACUAGAAUAAAACAAUACUUACUUGCAUUAACAAGCAAAGGGUGUGAUUUAAAAUGAUUCGGUGUUACAGAUCAACUCGUAACCAUAAUUAGUUUUGUGCGUAUGUGCUUACGGUAUAUCUUGUCCUCCACAGAUGAUCUGAGCCUAGCUGUGCAACACGUUUGAUAAAUCAGUUCCCCAGUGUCGACACAUGCACUUUUAAUGAGAAUGGAUCCAUGAAGAAUCCGUUAUGCACGGCUGAGGUCUGUUUUUGUCUGGCAACGUUGCCUCCCGACCCAAUUCAAUUUGUUUUGAUGGCAUGGACGUCAUAUUAAAUGAUACCGAAACAUCCAAAUAAGCAUGAAAAUUGAGUAAACUAAUGUAAAUAAACGGCACAAUCUGGGUUUAGUGAGAGCAGCUCCGAUAACAGGAGCUCUCGGGACAUCUCUAGUCAACGCUCGCAUAAAUGAAUCUCCUCAUCUCCUAUGAAAUAUUUAGAGGUGACCGUUGCGCUACAAUAUUGCCAAAUAAUGAAACCAAACUAAUCAAAAGUAUAUGACAGAUGCAUUAUAAACCAGGACACACCUCUCUGUAAUGAUCAUACUAAUACACCAUAUUUCCGUACCUGAGUGCUGCCUCUUAGGAGGUUAAAGAGAGAAAAGUAUGAUGAAGAACUAAUGAAUUUGUUCCCUCAGAGUAGAUAUCGGUAGAUUGGCAGACAUAUAGAAAAAACAGAGCGAGGAUUGUUAAAGUGGUAGAGAGAGAGACACGCCUGCCCCCUCUUUACCAACGAAUCAUGCUGACUGUACAUAAUUAAAGAUGCUCAUUAUCAAAACAGCGUUACAAAUGACAAACAAGCGAGAGAAAGGAUAAAAACAAUGUGAUAGAGAGGUUAUUGAAGGAGAAAUAACACUGGGGUCGUUAAUUACAGACCUGGAUCCCACUCAUGCUGUUGUUAACCGGCACCGCUAAUGAAACGGCGGCUUGUUUUCUGGGCUUGUUUUUGCCGAUCUGUUCAGGUGUUUUGACACGUCGUCUCUCCAUUUCACCCUCUCCAACUUUUUCAUUAUUCACCUGUUGCUGCAUCCGAAAAAAAUAACACACAGCUGUUUUUGUGACAUGAUGACUAAUGGUGUGUGUCUUGUUGUUGUGCCCGUCGAGGUGCUUCUCCUCCCACCCCAACGCACACUGUAUCACUCAUAAACAUACGCCCCCAUGCUUGCAUGUGAGCCACACAUACACACGCAUAGGUACACACAAACCUGGCAAAGAGGCUCAUCGUGCAUGAAGUGAUACUCCACCUGUGUGUGUGCGCGUUAGAGCGUGUCCUGCUUUCCCGCGUGUGGUGCGUUCUGGGUAAUGAGACCGAUGGCCUCACAGCCAGCAGCUCCUGGCUCCGUGUGCUCUUGUUUUCCCGGGAACCGGCGCUGAAGCUUCACCUAGCCAAGAUGUAAUGAGAGCUAAUGGAGUCUGACUAUGUUUGUCUCCAUCCUUCACCUCACCUGUCCUGUUACACCCCCCCUUCCCUUUAUCCGUCGCUCCGCCGGGCCCAUUUCUCCUAUCUCUUGUCCUCGUCUGACACUACCCGAGUCCUGCUUCUACGCACGACAACUCCCCACAGGCUAUAUUCUGCAGCCACCACGUGACUGUGCUUCCACGCUGGGCCUAAGUUCAUCGCAUGUGCCCCCCUCCCCUCUUUGUCCUCAUUUCCUUGUCUUCCCCUCACAUGACCUCUCCCUCUCUCACACAUAGGACGUCUCCGUAGUGUUUGUCGACAGGCGCAGGUCUCUCUGCUUAAGCUUAACAACACCAAAUGCCUACUAACCAUAUGUUUGUUGUAUUGGACAGUUUCAUCUCUUUGUUGUAUUUUGUCUUUUCAUUUGUGUUUUUGACAGUUUUUGUUUGUUUUUGUUUUGACUUUCCCCUCCUUCUUUUACACUAAUAACCAUUCAGGUCAUUUCAGAUGUUAUAACAUUGUGUUUACUGUUCGCUGGUGUUGCAGGAGUCAGAAAAGAUCAAUUGAACUGAAGUCUAAAUGUAAACCCUUAAAUACACAAUGAAAUGACCUCAUUCUUAUUCUUCAUGUUGUAGAAAACUGUGGAUUUUUAAUUGUAACCUCAUCCUGUGCUAGUGAUCAUAAAACCAAACCAACAAAGCCGUCACUCAUUUUUAAUGCAAAACAACCAGCGUUACUCUCGCUCUCAUGUUUUUGGUUAUCCUGCAAUAAAAACCCGUUUGAACAGAAAUGACAUCAUAUCAGGAAAUUAAAGGAGCCAUUUAAUUUAUUGUUUUUUAAAUCAAGACUACCGAUUAGCUUCUUUCCUCUGGCCGUCUCCUCAACUCGUCCUCCAUACCCCGUCAUGAAAAAUCAUUGUUUUUUUUCCCCUUUUUUUUCUUCUGCUGCAUAAAAAUACAUAAACUUGUGCAACCCCAUGUUGUAGAACAACAAUAAAUGGACCUUGAACCUUGAAAAGUACCUGGUCACCUGCUGUGUAGUGUUCCUUCAUUAGCUUUAUUCAGUAAAAUGUAAGAAAACAAAUAGUGAGCCUUGGGAGUGCCGAAUGGUGCAAAUGAUACCCACCACCCAUCGUGUCCUGUCUGGAUCACUAUUAACCACCGAAUAAUCCUGAGCAGAUAGAUAGAAUAUAGUGUGUAAAUAACUAAAUAGUGUAUUCAAAAACAUUAGGCCACUACAACUUGAUGAACAAACUGUAUUUUUCUGUCUUUUCUUGCAAAGGGUCUAUGCGGUUCGGUCAGUUCCACUGAAACGCAUUCAUGAGGUCACAUCAGCAUAUGCAUGAAGAUAUAAGUGACAGUCCUGUGAGACCAUAUUAAACACACUCUGCACGGGCCGACACUCGAACCCACCGAUCAAACCUACAAUAAUAUGCAGUGUUCCUCUCCUCCUUAAAGUAUCCUCAUCACUCCAAUCAGACAAACAGAGGAUCUGUCUGUACAGAUUGAUCUGGAUUAGUUUGCUCAUAGUUGUGCCCGUCGGUGUGUGUUACUCCACUGCUGUUUAUUUCAUAGGGGACGGCCAGAUGGCGUGAGUGUGGUAAAAUGAGCACUUUUCAUCUUGGCAGUAUUGAAUGUAUCAGUCAUUUCUUAGCCUUUGGCAAAUAGCCCCUUCUUUCUGUCAUUAAUUCUCUUUCCCAUUAACAUUGACUUCAUCAUGAGUGUUAAUAUUUUGUGUAUAUGCGUGUGUGUGUGUGUGUGAGUGUGUGUGUGUCUACUGAGUCACUCAGCCAAUAGCUUGCGAGAGUCCGAGCGCAGCUGUCAAUGCCGUUUGCUGAAUAUGCUAAUAGCCUAACACCUGUUUGUAUAAGAAGAGGAAAACACACACCUCCACAUCAAACACUCCCACACAACACACGAGCAGAGGACCAAAACCUGAUUUUGAAGCUUUUUGGGGCGAGUGAUGGAGCCCAUGACGGUGACGACGUCGCUCGUCGGACCGGAUGAGUUCGACCGCAACGCCCCGCGGAUCUGCGGCGUGUGCGGUGACAAGGCCACCGGCUUCCACUUCAACGCCAUGACGUGCGAGGGCUGCAAGGGUUUCUUCAGGCGCAGUAUGAAGCGCAAAGCCGCCUUCACCUGUCCAUUCAACGGGACCUGCACCAUCACCAAGGACAACCGGCGUCACUGCCAGGCCUGUCGUCUCAAGCGCUGUGUUGACAUCGGCAUGAUGAAAGAGUUCAUCCUGACAGACGAGGAGGUUCAGAGGAAGAAGGACAUGAUAAUGAAGAGGAAAGAGGAGGAGGCAGCCCGGGAGGCGAUGAGGCCACGCCUGAACGAGGAGCAGUCCCAGAUCAUCUCCAGUCUGGUGGAGGCUCACCACAAGACCUACGAUGCCUCCUAUUCUGACUUCUCCCGCUUCAGGCCUCCGGUGCGUGAAGGCCCAGUAACACGCAGUGCCAGCAGAGCCGCCUCCCUUCACUCUUUGUCCGAUGCCUCCUCUGACUCAUUCAACCACUCACCUGAAUCUGUGGACACCAAGAUGAACUUCAGCAGCCUGUUAAUGAUGUACCAGGACGGAGCGAGCAGUCCAGACUCCAGUGAGGAGGACACAAAGCUUUCUAUGCUGCCCCACCUGGCUGACCUGGUCUCCUACAGCAUCCAGAAGGUCAUCGGCUUCGCCAAGAUGAUCCCAGGCUUCAGAGAGCUGACCGCAGAAGACCAGAUCGCUCUGUUGAAGUCGAGUGCCAUUGAGAUCAUCAUGCUGCGUUCGAACCAGUCCUUCAGUCUGGAGGACAUGUCCUGGAGCUGCGGGGGGCCGGACUUCAAAUACUGCAUCAACGACGUCACAAAGGCGGGUCACACUCUGGAUCUGUUGGAGCCGCUGGUGAAGUUCCAGGUCGGCCUGAAGAAACUCAACCUGCACGAGGAGGAACACGUGCUGCUCAUGGCCAUCUGCCUGCUCUCCCCAGACCGCCCCGGCGUCCAAGACCACGUCCGCAUCGAGCAGCUCCAGGACCACCUGUCGGAGACGCUGCAGGCCUACAUCCAGGUGAACCACCCCGGCGGGCGCCUCCUCUACGCCAAGAUGAUCCAGAAGCUGGCCGACCUGCGCAGCCUGAACGAGGAGCACUCCAAGCAGUACCGCUCGCUCUCCUUCCAGCCCGAGCACAGCAUGCAGCUCACCCCGCUGGUGCUGGAAGUGUUCGGCAGCGAGGUGUCAUAGCGGAGGAGGCAGCGGCAGCGCGCUCGCUCGCAUGCACACACACACUGAUAACCAACCCUUACCGCCCCUUUCCCCCCCAAGAGAACCCCAGCCCUGAUACACCUGGACGUGAAGGAUAGUCGGAUAGCUAGACGGUUACCUUCACCUCUUCAUUAUCACCUCCCUAUCCUCCUCCUCCUCCCGACCUCAAGCUGCAAGACCCAGAUGCCUGGAUUUAUGGAUUGAAUACACCUCAAUAUGCUCUCAGAUAGCCAGAUUGUAUUUUAAAGCUCGGGACUUGCAAAACACAGCGACGCAUUAAGUCAGGCAGAUAUCCUUGACUCAUCGACAUCCACAACAGACCCCGAUCCUCUCCAAAUCCCCAAACUCGCCUCUUCCCAUGAGUCAAUUUUUCCCCCGGACAUCCCCGCUAGAUUCCUGCCAUUUUCUUUUUUUUUUUACAGUGAAGACAGCUUGAUGGAUGUGACGGCCGCGCGCGCCACCCUCCUACCAUCAUCCUCAAUGACAUCAAUGUUCAUUGUUCAGUGUUCACAUCAUCUUCGGUGACUGACGGGAAUAUAUAUAUGCCACGCUGGCACCUGCGGGGUGGAAAGCGAUGUUAGUACAAUCGUGUUAGGGUAGCUAUAAACUGCUGUUGACGGCAAAGUAAUCAAAAUAUAUUCAACAUCAACAUGGCCAGCAAGCUUACUAUAAUGGAAUUUCAAAGUAGUUGGGCUGCUUGGCCCCGUGUAUCUGUGUGUGUUUCAAAGAGAGGUCUCGGACGGUCAGCUGAAGCGAAGAGAAGCAGUUUAAGUCGGAACGCUUCAGUGCGGGAACGGUGAGAGGAGAUGUGAGAUUUGGAGGAAUGAGUAAAAGGAGGUCGGAGAGAUGGAGGGAUGUGCUACGCUUGGAAUUCCCUGUUCACAAGACAAAAGGGAAUUUCACAAAACAAGAAUGUAUGUAUAAUGCUAUAUAAAUAUAAAUGAAAC